GCGACAGCCUCUAUAUAUUUAAAGAGUUGAAGAGCCCCCUCCUACUCAGUGAGCUGACAGAGAUCACACGGAUAGACUUGACCUUGGUCAGGGAGUCUUCAGGAUGCCAAACUGGGGAGGAGGAGCGAAAUGUGGAGCCUGUGAAAAGACGGUCUACCACGCGGAGGAAAUCCAGUGCAAUGGCAGGAGUUUCCACAAGACCUGCUUCCACUGCAUGGCCUGCAGGAAGGCUCUGGACAGCACUACAGUAGCAGCUCAUGAAUCAGAGAUCUACUGUAAGGUCUGCUACGGGCGCAGGUACGGCCCCAAGGGGAUCGGAUACGGACAAGGUGCCGGCUGUCUCAGCACUGACACGGGCGAGCACCUCGGCCUGCAGUUCCAACAGUCCCCAAAGCAGGCACGAUCAGCCACCAGCAGCAACCCCUCCAAGUUUACUGCGAAGUUUGGUGAGUCAGAGAAGUGCCCUCGAUGUGGAAAGUCAGUCUAUGCUGCUGAGAAGGUCAUGGGAGGUGGCAAGCCUUGGCACAAGACCUGCUUCCGCUGUGCCAUCUGUGGGAAGAGCCUGGAGUCCACGAAUGUCACUGACAAAGACGGAGAACUGUAUUGCAAAGUUUGUUACGCCAAAAAUUUUGGCCCUACAGGCAUUGGGUUUGGGGGCCUCACACACCAAGUGGAAAAGAAAGAGUGAAAGGAGCGUCCUUCCUCACUUUCACAGCAAAAGGCGUUGCCAAGUGUUCCUGUGCUGAUGACAUUUUCCCCCAGAGCAGCCUCGUUUGUAGCUGGACAACAUUCUCUUCAGAACCAAGUGAGGGGACAAAAAACAACAUAACACAAAACAAAACAAAACCUUGGAAGAAGAUUAUUUAAAAUUUAAUCUGUAACAAAUGCUUUAUUAUUUACAAUUAUUGGAGUGGGAGAGGCAAUAAAUGUUUUA